UCAGAUCACAGGAAAGGGAGGCACAGGUUUCCGGCCUGAUGAACGACAACACACAGUUGUACUGUGAAAGACGAAGAGGAGAAGCCGCUACUCGCAGAGAGUUUAAAGCUCUAGAGUCUCAAGAUUCAGCGGCAAUCUACCAGGUGGAACGUAACCAAGUACCAAGUACUAAGUACUUAAGCACAAGUUUGAGAUGCUCUAACUAAUCACUAAUUUAUAUCCCAAGAGUUGGCAGCCGGUCAGACAUGGCAUCUGUCUACUGAACUGCACCGUCUUCAGCCGCGGCUAGCACCAAACGUUGGUGUGCAACUCCCCAGUGAAUGAGACUGACCCACCAUCACCAUGGAAACGGACACAGAAGUUAUUCCUAUCUGGCAGAAUAAGCCUCAUGGUUCCACCCGCAGUGUUGUGAGAAGAAUAGGUUCUACUCUCCCACUCAAACCUCCACAAAGAGCAUGUUUCCAGGAACUACCAGGCCUACCCUCUCUUCGGCCUAUGGAUGGCCCAAUGGUUCCUACCUUGGCAGACAUAGCCUGGAUUGUUGCAGAUGAAGAGGAGACAUAUGCCAGAGUGCGGAGUGACACACGUCCUCUAAAACACGAAUGGCGGCCCACGCCUCUCCUGGUGCUCCACAGGAACUCAUCUGUGCCCAACUUCCGCCGUGAGGGCAAAAGAGUGGAGGGGCUUAGGAAGCCUGGGGUCACAGCGCUAAACCGUACCACAGCCCUGCAGGAUGAGCUCAGCAGACUGCGGGCACAGAUCGCCAAGAUUGUGGCAAGUGAUUCUGGCUCCAACCCCCUGACUCCGGAUCUGCUCUCCCCCGACGACACAAGCAUGAGCUUCUCCAUGGCGCCUUUCGAGACGGCGUCCUACCAGCCGCCGGCUGCCACGGCCGCCGCUUCCUUUGUCAUCAGCGACGUCACAGAGGAGGAAGAAGAGGAGGAGGAGGAAGAUGACAAAGAUGUGGUCUCUGUGGUGUCAGAGCUGGUCCCUGACCCUCUGCCGCCCGUUUCCAUGACGGCAUCAGCAACCUUUGACCUGGACAGACCCAGCAUGGACUUCCGAGAGGCUGAGGAGGACACAGUGUCGCUGUCAAAGUCCACCAGUUUUGCUGACGUCAUGGAUAUCCUGAAGGACAUGAACCGCAUGAAGAUGAGCAAAGACAGGUACAACAGAGGCUGUACGUCCCUGAGAGAGGAGGACUCAGCAUCUCUGAUUUCAGAAGCUUUGAGGAAAAAAUUUGUCUUGAAGGAAGAAGAUACUGCCGCUGUGAAACGGAAGUAGCCCGAUCACGUGUUUAUCAUCACUACCCGAUCCUGCUGUUCCAUGUAAGUCAGGACAGGAUAGUAGAGUUUUUGUAUUUCUUUUAAGAAUUUUGUAUAAUCAAACCUUUGAUGUAAGCGGUAGGUGAACAUUUUCAGUGGCAAAAUGUUUGAGCUCGCUUGUGGGUUCUUAGUUGUUUUUGUGUGUUUUUUUUUUUUUCUCUCCCUCAUUAUUUUUAGGCCUUUGCCUGUGGAAUAUGUACCCAUGGAUCCACAAUCUUGCUCCCUCAGACCCAAGGCAAUAGCUGUCUGCCAGAGUUAGAACAAAAUAACAAAAAAACAAAAACACUUUGUUCCAGACAUUCAAAACCAAAUGUGAACUCCACAGCGCCGGUGCAGUGUGCAGGGGAACGGCCAACUCUCGAUAACAAUAAUCAGUUUCAGCACUGCGCCGCAUAUUGCAUUCAGUGUAUUUCUUUCUGGAAAAAAUAAGGCUUUUACGUUCAAAUAUAUUUUCAAUAAGGACUCAACAGACUGGUGCCAAUGCUGUCCAGUAACACGGUCCACGUACAUCCGGGGUGUUGUGUUAAUAAGAAGGUGCUGAAGGGGCUGACAUCAUUAUGUUUUUUGGACUUAAAUUGAGGAAUGUCCCUUUAAGGAGCAUUGUAUCCAUCCUGCUUUGAAAAGAGUUCUACUGGAGGGGUUUUUUGAUGCAAAUAAAUGUUUCUGUUUUUUCAGUUGUGUAAAGAAGUCCUCUAACAUACUUGAAAAUAUUUUUCAGAUGAAACCGAUCUAGUGUACACGCAGAGAUGAACUGUAGCUCAUCAACAGUGUGUGUUUGUUGGGAAACAUAACUUCAGAUCUUUGCUGUUUGUAUUUGCUUUUCAGUUCUCAAAUGUGCACAGCAUCACAUAUGUUGCUUGCUCCACUGCACCUCUUAUGCCUGUCCUUUUGUUUGUGAUUAACAUAUAGAGUGGUAGUCACUGAACCACAGGACACUGAUGUUUUUGAAUCUCAACCUGAAAUACAUUUGAUGAUAUAGUUUGAAGAGUGAACCAUAUGGAGCAUAAAUCAAAGGAUGCGUGUGAGUGAACAGGCCUUUUACAUACUAACUUCCCUGUGUGUAACAUGUGCCAGUUGGUAGAUGAAACCACUUUUAUGAUGUUUCUCUUACUGAUGUGACAUCAAAGCGGUGAUUUCAGUUUGGGCAGAGACAGACGAGCUAUGUGUAGGAGAGCUUUUUACGUCAAUCUAUAUGCAGAGUUUUGACAAAACUGGGGAUAAAAUGCUUGCGUGUGUGCUUGUGUCACAAUGAAUAUUCUUGUUGACGCCUUACCACAGAUCUAUUGCCUCGAUCUAUUGUUCCGAUGCCUGAUUUUAUCCCCUUAUUAGCUCAAAGUGCCAUGGGUUUGUUUUAAUCAGCCCACCCUUCAAUGCCUGCCCUUUUGUUUUUUCCUGAAUGUGCCCUCCUCCCUCGACUUUAUUAAGCUCUCCAUGUCUUCAUCCCACAAACAUUCAAUGAAACAACUAUGUUAAGAACCAGUUGCGUGUGUGGUGUUGCUGAAUGUUUGCUAAAAAUAACCACUCACAAGAAAACACUUGCUGUUUACUUCCACUCAUGUGACUCCUACUAUGUUUUUCAUCUGUUAUAUUUAUGCCUACAUGAAUGGGAUACCUAUAGUGUAGUUUUGCUGUUUGGAAAGUUACUGCUAACUUGCGUGUUUGGAUUGAACAGGAAUGCGCCCAUCUGUGUGUCAUUGUAUGCAGUGGAGUUGAUGUAUGUUUUGUCUUGCUAGAAUCGGCCCUCAGUGAGUCUCUGGUCAUUUUCCUCAAUAGUUAAUUUUCCUCUUUGGUCAAAGUGACAGAGUGUAAACAGAUAAGCUGAAAUACUAUAUGCAAGUUUAAAUAUAUUCAUUGUAUGUCUAUACUUGAGAUGGUGAACCUUACUCAGCAAACUCCACCAACUGCAUCACCAGUCCUGAUUAUAAAAUGAAGGGAAAGUUUAGUUGAUGAGGAUUUUCUGCAGAAUUUAUUGACUUUGUUUUGAAUUUGACUGUUUCUGUGUGUUAGAGCGUUUCUCACCAUUGUACCUCUGUGUAGGGUUGAUCCCACUACCACCACCACCACCACCACCUCCUGUAUGUUUAUUUUUUUGUCAUGUAAGGACUUGUAAAUAAAGAUGGGCUGAUGUUUUGACAUUA